UCACUACUCUUUUCUUCUUCUCACCCAUACAUUUGCAUGUUCUCUCCUUUGCUUCUACCAUCAACGACUCUUUCUCUCUUUCUCCCUCUCUCUAUAUCUGCAUUUAUUACGCAAUCUCUCGGCCUUAAGCAUUUAUAACAAUCAAGAUAUCUUAAAACGGCCAUCUCUAUCUAUCUAUCUCUAUAUAUAUUUUUGUAUAUUGAUCUGCAACGGUCGGUUAUAAUCGAAGUCAUCUCUUUGAUCGCUACCAUUGGCAUGAAUAUGCCGAGGACUAUUUGCUUUUAUUUCCUUUUUAUCGUUUUUGUCAUCCUUUCUCGGACUAGCUUAUGCAAUUCCCGCCGCCUUGGACCAAUGGAGAAGAAACUUGGUGUAAACCGUGAUCACUUGAUUGCAAAGAAAAUUGAGGAGAUUAAAAGCCUUGAAGCACCGUCAACAAACGAGACGAAAAUCCACUCGAGCGAAGCACCGAUCGAACAUGCCGUAGUUAAUCGUGGUCGUAUCAAUGGGAAGAGUAAACAUCACAGAGUAAAAAGAGCUUCACAAGACAAAACGGAGCCGACUAAAAGAGCAUCGAGAACUUGGAAGGUUCCCAAAUAUUCAACGAAGCAACCUAGAUCAGAUCAAGAACAUCCCGGAUUCAAUCUCGAUUAUAUGCAGCCCACCAUGCACCCGCCUCAUCAUAAUUGA